GUGCAACUUCCAACUUUCUCAUCAACAAUCUCAUAUUUUACCACCGACCUUUCCACCAGAGUACAUCCUUUUGACGCUACUUGAUUUCUCCACGAGUUCUUCAUACGCCCAACACUCCCAGAAGAGAACCGCCAUCAUGUCGUGGCAGGGUACGCAAUCAAGAGAACCGCCCGCCGGGUGCAAUGCGCUGACGGAAGAUCGUAGGAUUCAAAAAGAAUAUCAACCGCGCGACGACGCAGGUUAUGAUGAAGACUGGUAUGCAAUGCUCUCUAAGAUUACUGAAUAUGAAUAGUAGUCUGAUAUAUUUUAGGCCAUGUCGAGAAGACCAACGACCGAGAUUAUGAAGUAGAGGAGAGGUAGGGAAUUCCGGCGUAUGCGAGCUUCCAGACCACAUUCUCAUGACCGCUCAGGCGAUAUCGAACAAUGGAAGCAGCAUCGAUGCGAUUGCAGAAGGAGGCGAAAGGUUAUUUGGAUUCUCUACGUGGUGGGUAGCAAGAUGUACACAUUGGAUAGUUCCGCGCUGAUCCGCGCAGCCAUGACGGCCUCACAGAUGCGAAUCGCAGAAACGAUCGACGCCUUCUACGGAGAUGCUGGUGCAAAAGAUGGUGUUAGCAGAAGUUACAAACAAGCUGUAGAGGACUUGGAUGCCGAGACGAUCAAGGCGCUUGAUGGUCCAUAUCGGUUAGUGUUGGAGGGAACCUUUGUAGUUGCACCACUAACAUAAUUCAGUACCACGGUUCUAGAACCAAUUUCCAGAUUUUGCGCAUACUUCCCUGAUAUCAAUGAAUGUAUGGGACCUCCUCUGACGAAUUAUCAUCCUUGAGCUCUUAGACUAACAAUCCCAGGCAUCAAAAAGCGAAACCACAAACUUUUGGAUUACGAUGCUAUGAGAGCUAAGGUCAAGAAGCUUGUAGAGAAACCGGACAAGGACGUUAGCAAGCUUCCUCGCGCCGAAAAGGAACAGGAAAUGGCCAAAGCAGCAUAUGAACAACUCAACGAGCAACUCUUCACUGAACUCCCACAACUAAUCGACCUCCGAGUACCGUACCUAGAUCCAAGUUUUGAAGCUUUAGUCAAGAUUCAACUUCGUUUCUGUGCCGAAGCAUAUUCCCGUAUGGCUCAGGUUCAACAAUACUUGGAUGCAGAUACAAGAGAGCAAUACGCUCAAGGACAUCUUGAUAGUCGCGUGGAACAAGUUUUACAGGAGAUUCGCGAAUUGAGCAUAAGCGGCACUGUUUGA